AUGCGAUUAAUAUCACUGCUCUUCGGGUUUCUCGUCGCCUGCCUCACCACCCCGUUGGUGGCCGCGACCAAACUCAUCGAAUCCAACUCCUUGAACCUCUGUCAGGACAGCAGCAAUUUCACCGCCACCUAUUUCAGUGUCACCUUCACCCCCAACAACCGAACCCUCUCCUUCGCCUUUGAUGGCGUCGCCGCCAUCUCCGGCAAGGUCACCGCCGAACUCAUCCUCGAUGCCUAUGGCUACGAAGCCCUCCGCCAGACAUUGGACCCCUGUGAGAUGAACCUGCCCGGCCUGUGUCCCAUGAACACCGGCCCCAUCGACGUGCCCCGCGCCAAUAUCAAGGUUCCCGAGGAUGUCGUCCAGAAGAUCCCCGGCAUCGCAUACACCGUUCCCGACCUGGACGCCUCCGUCCGCAUCUACAUCAACUCCACCGACACCGGGCGCAGUAUCACCUGCGUCGAGGCGAACCUGUCCAACGGCAAGACCGUGUACCAGAAGGGCGUCGGAUGGUCCACCGCCAUCAUCUCCGGGUUUGGCCUGGCCGCCUCCGCCAUCACCUCCGGCCUCGGCCAUUCCAACACCGCCGCCCACGUCGCCGCCAAUGCCCUCUCCCUCUUCAGUUUUAUGCAGUCCCAGGCUCUCUUCGGCAUGACCGCCGUCCACAUGCCGCCCAUUGUCGCCUCGUGGACCCAAAAUUUCCAGUGGAGUAUGGGCAUCAUCCACGUGGGCUUCCUCGAGACCAUCUGCACCUGGUACCAGCGCGCGACCGGCGGUACCCCCACCACCGUCCUGUCGGAACUGUCAACCACGUCUGUGGAAGUCCUCAAGCGCCGCAAGCGAUCGAUCGAUGCCCCGGCCGGCCUGCUCCGGAGGGCGUCGGACCACCUGUUCAAGCGAGCCGGCCCGCACUCGACCGCCGCCACCUCCGAUAACCUCGUCGUCCGCGGCAUCGAGCGUGUGGGCUUCAGGGCCGGCAUCGAACAGUCCAACAUCUUCCUCACCGGUCUGAUCUUCUUCGUCUUCUUCGUCUUCGUCGUCAUGCUCCUCGUCGCCCUCUUCAAGGGCAUCUGCGAACUCCUUGUCCAGAAGGGCAAGAUGAAGAGCGAGAAGUUCCAGGACUUCCGCAAGGGCUGGAAGGUCGUCGCGCGCGGCAUCCUCUUCCGCCUGACGCUCAUUGGCUUCCCCCAGAUGUGCGUCCUCUGCCUGUGGGAGUUCACCCAGGUCGACUCGGCCGCCGAGGUCGUCCUGGCCGUCAUCAUGAUCGUCUCGAUGCUGGCCGCCCUCGGCUGGGCCUCCUUCAAGGUGAUCAACCUGGCCAAGCGCUCCGUCACCAUGCACAAGAACCCCGCCUACAUCCUCUACUCCGAUCCCACCUGCCUCAACAAGUGGGGGUUCCUCUACGUGCAGCACCGGGCCACCGCCUACUACUUUGUCGUCCCCACCCUGGGCUACAUCUUCAUCAAAAGCAUGUUCAUCGGUCUGGCCCAGCCGGCCCCGGUGGUGCAGACCGUGGCCUUUGUCAUCCUCGAGGCCGCCAUGCUGAUCACCGUCAGCGUCCUGCGCCCCUGGAUGGACAAGAAGACCAACAUCUGGAACAUCGCCAUCGCCGCCGUGAACUUCCUCAACUCCAUCUUCAUGCUCUUCUUCGCCAACGUCUUCAACCAGCCGGGCCUCGUCACGGGCGUUAUGGGCGUGGUCUUCUUCGUUUACAACGCCGUCUUCGCGUUGCUCCUCCUGAUCCUCGUGCUCAUCGCGUCCAUCUACGCGAUCGUGUCGAAGAACCCCGACACCCGGUACCAGCCGAUGCGCGACGACCGCGGCUCCUUCAUCAAGUCGCAGAGCCAGCUCACCACGGAGCUGGACGCCCUGGGGGCCACCGCCCGGGGGGAUGUGAAGUCCUCCACCGCGUACCAGGCCAGCCCGUUUGACGACGACCGUGGGUCCUUCUCCAGCGGCAACGGCGCCACCGUCAACCGCCAGAACCUCGAACCGCAGCAGGUGCCCCGACAGCCCACGUCCCCCGUCGACCCGUCCCUACCGCUCUUCCCGAGCGAGGGUGCGGGGACGGGUACUCUGCCGUAUAACGCACGAUCCCCGUCGCCGCUCAAUGGCGGCUACCGGACUCAGAAUGCGACGAGUCCGUGGCAGCGAGGAGCGGGGUACGACCAUUAA